AUGGAAGUUCUAUAUAAGCCCCCACGCUAUACUUAUCUGCACAGUAAGACUAAAAGCAUGAAAACCUCACUUCCCAAUCUCCCACUCCUGUUACUCUGUUCAUAUUUCUCAUGUUUUCUUCUCCUUGUGCCAGCAGUAUCUGCAAAAGUUUUUUUGAGCAUAGAUUGUGGUUCUUCGUCAUUGAAACCUCGUACUGACAACAAUACGAUCGAAUGGGUCGGGGACGGUCCUUAUAUACAAACUGGAGAAAUUCAUAAAGUCAAUGUACCUGCAGUUAUACCUGGUUUCGAUUCUGAUGCUUUGAACACUCUUAGAGCAUUCCCAACCCGAAAAAAGAAUUGUUACUCAAUAGAUAUUGAUGAUAAAGAAGAAGACGAUAAUACUACCACGGUUGAACGAGUUCUUGUUCGAGCUAGUUUCUAUUACGGAAACUAUGACAACAAAUCCAUCCCACCUAAGUUCAAUCUUCAAUUCAAUGGGAACAAUUGGGGACAAAUGGAAACAGCAAAUGACUCUGUCGUAUACAGUGAAAUGGUAUUUUCAUUGAACAAGAGUAGCAAUAUUGACGUAUGUCUUUCUCAAACUCAACCCAAUAACAUUCCCUUUAUAUCCGCUCUCGAAGUAAGAAGUCUGGAUUCAGAUGCUUACAGUUAUGUCCCUUCAGAAUAUCCGUUGUUUUUCCACCUAAGAGCUGCUUAUGGUGCCAACAAAAAUAUAAGGUACCCUGAAGAUAGUUUCGAUCGAAUAUGGAGCUGGAUUGGACCACUAGAAAGCACUAGUCCUUUGAUGAGGGUUAGAAGUAACUCGCCAUCCAUAGAUGUCGACAACAUUGAGGAUGAACCUCCUGAAAAGAUAUUUAGGACAGCAUUAUUGCGUUUGAAUUCGUCGGAAGACAUAUUUUAUUCUGACACUACAGAUUUUACCGUUCCUUUAAAUUUCAAUGCGUAUUUUUCAGAAGUGGUUAAACUGAAUUCUACUCAGAAACGAUCAUUUGAUAUAGUAGUUAAUAAUAACCUCGAUAACAGUAUUAUUCUUCCUAAGAACCCUGUGAUUCCACCUUAUGGACGCGCUUUGGAGGUUCACAUUCUCAAUGUGACUGCUAUCAACUCUACAGUUACACUUGAUUUUGCACGGACAAAUGGUUCAACUCUUCCUUCAUUACUCAAUGCCCUUGAAGCGUUUACUAUCGGUGAAAAAUUGGCUCAAGGAACCAAUUCAAACGAUGUGAAAGCAUUGGGUUUAUUGCAAAAGAAUUUCAGUCAGCUACAAGAUUGGAGUGGUGAUCCUUGUUUACCUUCACCAUACACUUGGGAUUGGGUUACUUGUAAUAAUGAUACGGAUUCUCCUCGAAUUACAGGACUGUAUCUCAAUGACCAUGGAUUAACAGGCAUUUUACCCGACUUCAGUGCCAUGAAUGCUCUGGAAACCAUAAAUUUGCGCAACAACAGUUUGAUGAAAGAAAUUCCUGGAUUUCUUGGCACAUUUCCUAAACUCACAGCAUUAAACCUGGCAGAUAAUAAUUUUUCCGGAACAAUACCUUCGUCACUAUUAAACAACGACAAUUUGAAGUUGGAAACUUCGGGUAAUCCAAACUUGUGCACGAAUACAUCAACAAUAUGCAAUACUGAAAAACAAGUUCCUUCCCCAAGGACGGGCAGCAGUGAUACUAGUCCAAGCAUUAUUCCGUCCCGAAACAACGGAAAGAGUUUUAAAGUAUCAGGACGACCAGUAUUAAUACUCUUGAUUGUGUUUUUUAGUUUAUAUUUACUGUAAGUUGAUUCCAGUCAGAAUGAUACAGCAGCAUGAAGUUGAUUGCAUAUUUUGAUAAGUUUAUGCAGGCUCAUGUAAUUUGCAUUUUCUCUUUCAGAAAUUCUAUCCCUCCAUUUUUUAAUAGUUUUUUUUCUUCUAUACGUCAUGUGUUGUGCUAUCUAGUGUGAACUGUGAACUCAUAUAUUGUUACCUAUAUACACAAUUUUGGAUGAAGUUCUCCAUGA